CGUUGGGUGACCUUCGACUGUGGUCAGUUGGUGUGCGGAUCGGUGCUGCAGACAGAAUGGCUCAGCUGGUGGAGUGCGUCCCAAACUUCUCCGAAGGCCGGAACCAACAGGUCAUCGAUGCCAUUGCCGCCGCCAUCUCGGACACGGCGGGCUGCAGCCUGCUGGAUGUCGACCCCGGCGCCUCCACCAACCGCACCGUCUACACCUUCGUGGGCUCGCCCGAGGCGGUGGUGCAGGGCGCACUGAACGCCGCCCAACGCGCCUUUGAACUCAUCGACAUGAGCCGCCACAAGGGGGAGCACCCACGCACCGGCGCGCUGGACGUGUGCCCGUUCGUCCCCGUGCAGAACGUCACCAUGGACGACUGUGUGCGCUGCGCCGAAGACUUCGGACGCCGGCUAGCGGACGCGCUGCACGUCCCCGUGUAUCUUUACGGUGAGGCUGCUCGGACUGAGCGACGGAGGAACCUCCCGACAGUGCGAGCCGGCGAGUACGAAGCGCUGCCAGAAAAGCUCAAACAGGUGGAGUGGGCGCCCGACUUUGGCCCCGCCCACUUUGUGCCGUCGUGGGGCGCCACGGUCACCGGCGCCCGGAAGUUUCUGAUCGCGUACAACGUGAACCUGAUUGGCACCAAAGAGCAGGCGCACCGCAUCGCGCUCGAUGUGCGCGAGCAGGGACGUGGGAAGGACCAGCCCGGCUUGCUGAAGAAGGUCCAGGGGAUGGGCUGGUACCUGGACGAGGCCAACGUGGCUCAGGUGUCCACGAACAUCCUGGACUUCGAGCUGACGCCGCUGCACGCCGUCUAUGAAGAGAUCUGCAGGGACGCAGAGGAGCUGAAGCUGCCGGUGGUUGGAUCUCAGAUCGUGGGUCUAAUCCCUCUCAAGGCUCUGCUGGACACCGCUGACUUCUACAUCCGCAGAGAUGGACUCUUCAUCAUCGAAGAGGAGCACAAAGUCCGCCUGGUGGUCAGUAAACUGGGCCUGGACUCUCUCGGCCCGUUCAACCCGAAGGAGCGGAUCAUCGAGUACAUGGUGGAUUCCCGGCAGGACGGCCAGCUGGCGUCCCUAUCGCUGCGCCAGUUCGUCAACAGUGUGGCCGCCCGCACGCCGGCGCCUGGCGGGGGCUCCGUGUCCGCCGCCAUCGCUGCCAUGGGCGCGGCGCUGGCGGCCAUGGUGGGCCAGAUGACCUACGGGAAGCGGCAGUUCCAGGACCUGGACGCCGUCAUGAGGAAGCUGAUUCCUCCGUUUCAUCACGCCGCCCAGCAGCUGCUGCACAUGGUGGACGCCGACGCCUCUGCUUUCAACCAGUACAUGGCAGCGUUGAAGAUGCCAAAGAGCACUCCAGAGGAGUUGAAACGGAGAGAGGCGGCGCUGCAGGAUGGGCUGAAGCAAGCAGUCGGCGUGCCGCUGACUCUGGCUGAGAGGAUCAGCGUCCUCUGGGCCCCUCUGAAGGAAAUGGUCGUCCACGGGAACAUCGGGUGCAAGUCGGACGCUCAGGUCGCCGCCAAGGCACUGGAGGCGGCGGUCUUUGGAGCGUACUACAAUGUGAAGAUCAACCUGAAGGACGUGACGGACGACGCCUUCAGAGCUGCGACGGAGAAGAAGGCCUCGGCGCUGCUGCGCGAGGCGCAGGAGAGUGCCGCUGCCGUUCUCGCCAGUGCUGAAAAGAGACAAUAA